GGCUCCAUCGGUGUGUUUAUUGUCACCCGGGCCGCCGCCGAGCAGCCUGUGACCCCUCGCUUGUCUUGUGUGCCGCCCCGUGUGCCCCGCCGCCAUGACCGUGGAAGUGAUGGAGGUGGUCACGUCCGACAAGGAUAAGGAUAAGGAUAAGGACAAGGACAAGGAUAAGGAUAAGGAGGGCGAGACGGAGAAGAAGGACCCGGACACCGUCACUCUGGAAGAUAUCAAGGAACAGAUAAGACUUGUGGAGCGCAGCAUCGUCAGUAAAGAGCCCAGAUUUGUGCUGCGUGUCUUGAGGGCACUCCCGGCCACGCGACGCAAGUUGACCCCCAAUGUGCUGCGUCGCCUGGUUGCCACUUACUAUGGGCGGGCUGAGAGCAAGCAGGAACGUGAGGCCAUCCUGCAGUUCAUUGAGGAGCCCAUGGACACAGACACCAGCUCUCAGGGGCCAGUGGUGAGGCAGCGAGGACAGUUGCUGCUGGAGGUGGACGUGUACAUCCAUCUGCUGGUGCUGCUGAGGCUCCUUGACACCAACAACACUCAGGAUGCCAUCAAGUGCUCAGACCUGUUGAUGACCAAGGUGACCUCAGUCAACCGCCGCACCCUUGACCUGCUGGCUGCCCGCUGCUACUUCUACCACUCCAGGGUGUAUGAGGUCAACAAGCGACUUGACGAGAUCAGGGGAUUCAUGCACCAGCGACUCUGCCAGGCAACUCUACGUAAGGACCACGAGGGUCAGGCAGUGCUGAUCAAUUGCCUGCUGAGGAACUACCUUCACUACUGCCUCUAUGACCAGGCACAGAAGCUGAUCGUCAAGCUAGAGUUCCCGCAACAGGCCAACAACAAUGAGGUGGCCCGCUACCACUACUACAUGGGCCGCAUCAAGGGCAUCCAGCUAGAAUACUCCGAGGCCCACAAGCACCUGAUCCAGGCCCUGCGCAAGGCCCCGCAGCAGACGGCCAUCGGCUUUAGGCAGGCCGUGCAGAAGCUGGCGGUGGUGGUGGAGCUGCUGCUUGGUGAUAUCCCGGAGAGACAGAUUUUCCGUCAAGCAAUCAUGCGCAAAGCGUUGGCCCCAUACCUGCAGCUGACCCAGACAGUGCGUUUGGGUAACUUGGCGCACUUCACCAACACUCUCAACGAGUACAAGACCAAGUUCCAAGAGGAUCACACGUUCAUGCUGAUCCUGCGUCUGCGCCACAAUGUCAUCAAGACUGGCCUGCGUGCCAUCUCCCUCUCAUACUCCCGCAUCUCCCUCGCUGAUGUGGCCUCCAAGCUCACCCUGGGCUCCCGGGAAGACGCUGAGUUCAUUGUAGCCAAGGCCAUCAGGGACGGUGUGAUUGAGGCUGUGAUUGACCACGAACAUGGGUACAUGCAGAGCAAGGAGACCGUGGAUGUGUACUGCACUCGGGAGCCCCAGUCCGUGUACCACCAGCGCAUCUCUUUCUGCCUCGAUAUCCACAACCAGUCCGUCAAGGCCAUGCGCUACCCACCCAAGUCCUACAACAAGGAUCUGGAAAGUGCUGAGGAGCGGCGGGAGAGGGAGCAGCAGGAUCUGGAGUUGGCGAAGGAGAUGGCUGAGGAGGAUGACGAUGGGUUCCCUUAGAAUUAAUGACUAGCAAGUGUAGGUAGAUGGCUCUCAAGGGGAACAUCAACAAGAACAAUAAUAACAGAUGUCUUUAUGGCUAUCUCUCCCUCCUUCACCCACACUUUUGCACUUUUUCCCUUGGUUAUUUCCAUGGCUUCAGAGUUCAUAUCAAUAUAUAAUGCCAAGAACAGCAGCUAUGAAUAUCAUGACCAUCCCUCCUAUCUUUCCACUCUCCUUAUUUCCCUUUUUUUCCCCUUAUUCUCCAUGUUAUUAUUGUUCUCAUUCUCUGCCUUUUGUUUUUUUCUCUGCCUCCUCCUACACUUCCUCCACUUCUUCCUCCUGUUCAUCUUUCUCCUCAUCUCGUGUGGAUAUUCCUUAUUAGUACAUGGAAAUAUCUUGCAUCUGGUGUCUCCUUUUUUUCCUCCUUGGUCUUCCCUCUUUACACAUAAACGAAAAACAUCUCACUCCGUUGGUUAGCUGUUCCCAUGUCUACUAUUGUUGUUCUCGGAAAGCCUUGUGAAUAGAGGACUUAUAUUUUCUUCCUCGAGGAUGGUGGAAUAGGUUCAGGGUGGAGGUCGGAGUUAGUUGGUCUUCUGGUCUAGUGUAUUUCCCAGUGUAAAGGAUAAUUAAUAUUUGUUUGUACGGAUAAUAAACGGUCAAUUUUU